AUGGAUCGCCUCGUGCGCCUCUCGAUCUCAUUCCUUGCUCUCCGCGCCGCUCUUAACGGCGUCAACGGCGAAGUCAGCUACAGCCAGAGUGGCCUCGACUGGGGGGGAGACUGCCAGUCGGGCGAGAAGCAGUCGCCGAUCAACAUCGUGAUGGACGAGGCGGUGGAGGUCAGCGAGCCGGAGAAGUUUGUUCUCGAGUACGACACGUCAGCCACCACCGCGAGCAUCGUCAACCACGGUUACACAGUUCAGGUUGUUCCAAACCCAGAGAAGACUUACAAGCUUCACAUCAGCAAAGGAACCUUCAUUCUGAAACAGGUGCACGUGCAUUCGUUUUCGGAGCACGCAGUCAACGGGCUUUUCGCGGCCAUGGAGGCGCAUUUCGUGCACCAGCACGAGAACGACAACACCUCCCUCGCGGUGGUGGGGGUCAUGAUCAGGCUGCAGCGCCACGACGAGAAGUCCGACUGGAUUGACGUCUGGCAGAGCAAGGUACCAGCCGGGGUGGACACCAACACCACCAUUGACGUUCCCGAGAACUUUUGGACGGAGAUGAUCGACACCUCCAUGGGCUUCUGGCGCUACCACGGCUCGCUCACCUCGCCCGCCUGCAGCGAGAUUGUCGAGUGGCACGUGCUGCGCAAGGCCAAGUUCCUCUCCGUUUCUCAGGCCAUCACAUUUAUGAACCUGAUUGCGAAGCAGAACACGGAGCGCACUGACAACCGCCUUCCCGAACCCCUCAAUGGCCGCACUGUCACUUCACGAAUAUCUCAGCUUAGGUUGACGAUGUCACCUUCUGCCACCAUGGCCGUCGUGCGUCUCUCCCUCGCGCUCCUCGCGCUUCUCGCCGUCGUGGGCGCCGCCAAUGCCGGUAGCGUCAGCUACAGCCAGAGCGGCCUCGACUGGGGGGGAGACUGCCAGUCGGGCGAGAAGCAGUCGCCGAUCAACAUCGUAAUGGACGAGGCGGUGGAAGUGAGCGAGCCGGAGAAGUUCGUUCUCGAGUACGACUCCGCCGCCACCACCGCGAGCGUCAUCAACAAGGGCUCCACCGUCCAGGUGGCUCCCAACCCGGACAAGACCUACAAGCUGCACAUCAACAGCGGCACUUACAACCUCCUCCAGAUGCACGUGCACGCGUUUUCGGAGCACGCGGUGAACGGGCUGUUCGCGCCCAUGGAGGCGCACUUCGUGCACGUGCACGAGAGCGACCCCUACCAGCUCGCCGUCGUCGGCGUCAUGAUCCGCCUGCAGCGCCACGACGAGGCCUCCGCCUGGAUCGACACCUGGCUGCCGAAGACUCCCGCUGAUGUGAACGGCACGGCGACGAUUGACAUUCCUGACAACUUCUGGGCCGAGAUGAUCGACAUGUCCAUGGGCUUCUGGCGCUAUCCCGGCUCGCUCACCACGCCUGACUGCAACGAGAUCGUCGAGUGGCACGUCGUGCGCAAGGCCAAGUUCCUCUCCGUUGCCCAGACUAUCACUUUCAUGAACAUGCUGGCGAAGCAGAACACCGAGCGCACUGAUAACCGCCUGCCCGAGCCCGUCAAUGGCCGCACUGUUACCUACUACACCACCAUCUCCUCUUAA